AUGGCGAAGGACAAGCUCUCGGCGGCGCCGCUCGAUGCGUACCGGAAGGAGCAGAAGAAGAGGGAGAAGAAGGCGGUCAAGGACCGGCGCGAGCACGUCAAGCAGACGACAGGCGACAACGUCGACGUUGGCGCGCUCACGGAGAAGCUCCGCAAGCUUGAGCGCGACGAAGAGAACAACCGCCUCGAUGGCGCUGGGCGCAAGCGCAAAGACGAG